GGCAAUAUUAAAACUCUGUUCAGAUCUGUCGCAGCACAAGUUGUGGAACCGGACAUCCAUGAAUAUCAGAUCAUGAACGACAAGCCUGUGUUUGAGGAUGAGAACUUAUUGCAAACAGAAAAGGAGCUUCAGGAAGCUGCCAGGAGGAAUGACACAGCAAUGAUCAGGCGACUGAUUUGCAUCAAAGUAAAUGUCAAUGCAAAGAAUAAUGACAAUAGAACAGCACUGCACUGGGCAGUUGCAGGUGGAAAUGAAGAUGCCGUGAAGCUUUUACUGGACCACAAUGCAAAUGUUGACAUUGAGGACAAGUUUGGAAUGACACCAGCUCUGCUUGCAGCUUGGUUUGGCCAUCUUCAACUUUUACAGAUCCUGGUCAAUGCUGGAGCAAAGGUCACCAUCAGGAACUCGAUUGGACAGGGUAUACACCACUGUGCUGCUCACCAGGGACAUAUGGCUAUUAUCCGCUACACAAUAGAGGAGCUACAGGAGGUCCCAUUGGACAAACCAGACCAGACUGGAAAGACGCCAUUACUACUGGCAGCAGAAAAUGGCCAGUUGGAUGUGGUGACAUAUCUUCAUGCCCUAGGCUGUGACCACCAGUUUCAAGACAAGGAAAGAAAUAGCUGCAUUCAUUUGGCAGCGGGUCAGGGCCAUGUGCACGUGCUGGAGAAUCUGAUACAGGGGAUCUUCUCUGAGAGCAAAAACAAGGCUGGACAGACUGCCCUACAUCUUGCAGCAGAAGGUGGCCAUUUCAACUGUGUAAAAUUGCUGCUUGACAACCAAUGUCAAAUCAACGUGCGUUGCAGUCAAAACCUCAAUGCUCUACACUACGCAGUAAAACAGGGACAUAAAGAUGUCUGUCAUUUAUUGGUGGAAGAAGGGAUCGAUAUGAAUGCAGUAGGUCAGAAUGCCUGCCUCCACCUUGCAGUGAAACACAAUUUUGCACAGCUUGUCAGGCUACUGAUAGCUGCUGGAUGUGACAUCAACAUCAGUGACCAUAAGCAGCAGAGUGCUUUACAUCUGGCAGUGGAGAGGGGACAGUUCGCAAUUGUGGAGAUGCUUCUCAAAGCUAACAUCAAUUUACAGCUUCAGGAUAAGCAGGGGAAAACAGCGCUGGAUCUCGCUGUGCGCAGCCAACAUGCUGUGCUGAUCGACAUGAUUAUAAAAAUGGAGAGGUUCAAUGCAAGGAAUCUGGAUACUUCACAAGUUGCAGCUGAAGGACAGGGUGACUCUGUACUGGGUCUCCCAUUCAACCAUGUGCCGAAUCUGAGUCAUGUCCGGUCUGUGCUUUGGAACUUGGCCACAAAGCACCUCAAGCCAGGCGAUUGGAAGAAGUUAGCAGAGCACUGGGAUUUUUCCAAGAAACACAUCAAAGCUGUGGAGACUCAGUGGACAGGAAGUAACAGCUAUAAGGAGCAUGGUUACCGAAUGCUGCUGAUCUGGCUUCAUGGGAUUAUCACCUUGGGCAAGCAUCCCAUCAAGGAGCUUUAUGAGAGUCUGGUGAAGAUCGGAAAAGCUGAAGUAGCAGAACUGUCUUUGUUCAAACAGAGAAAAUACGUAGACAGGCGAAUACAGAGAUGGAUUCAUCUCAGAAGUGCGAAGUGAUGUGAGUGAUGCUGAAGUCACAGGUGGAACUGCAUCUAUUACUGAAUAAUGUUCCUUAGCACUGUUUUUCUGAAAUAUCUUUCAAAACAAAUUGACUUAUAAGUAAAAUAUAUUAAAACAAAGGCAUGUCUCCCACACUCUUUGGCAGUAAUAGUCUGAAAAAUGAAACCAUUUGAAUUAUGUAAGGACAGUGCUGAGGUGAGCAACCUACUGAGUUUGAUUGGGUCUGAUGGGUAUAAUUUUUAUUUUUGAGAGGAAUCAAGUAUUAAAAAAUUAUUACGAGCUUUCUAACCUAAAUUGAUUAAAUAAAGAGAGGUUGAAUAAAAAUGAUAGUGAAUUGCCUUUUGAAUACAAUUGCAUUUCAACAUCGAUACAAGGAAGGGCUAUUCUGUAACCCCUUGUGAAAAUGUCCAGAACAUCUCUGAUAACUUCUAACUUGUUAUAUGUUACCUUGGUGUCCUAGCACUUAAAACUUCCACCAAAGCAAAUGAUCUGCCAUCUAUUAAGCAGAAAUGAGUAUUUCAGAUUAUUAUCCUCUUUCCUGUUAAAGCAGAAAACAGCCUGAACAUUUUGUUAAAAGUGAAAUUUGUUGUUACAAGUGGAUCUCGCCAGGAUGCUUUCUGUAAAUCACAACCUGAUAACCAAGCUUCAGAUACGAGCCUGCAGAACCAGGUCUGAGUUCUUCAUCUGAUUUCUCUCACUCAGCUUCAGAUACGUUAAUGUGUGAAGAUACUCAGCAGCCUACAUGUGAACAUUCGGGAUGGAACUUUGCUCAAGCCGAUGCUGUACCGUCCUUGGGGUGUUUGAUUGGGAAAGUGUGGAAGAACAUUACUGUGUCUCUAACCCAGUGGUAGACCUGUCCUGGGAGUGUUUGAUGGAGAUAGUGUAGAGGGAACUUUACUCUUUAUCUGACCCGAAUCUGUAUCUGUCCUGGGAAUGUUUGAUGAAAACAGUGUUGAAGGAGUUUUACUUUUUAUCUAGCACUAUGCUGUACCUGUCCUGGGAGAGUUUAAAGGGGAAAGUGUAGAGUGAGCAUUACUCUGCACCAUGGAAUGGAUUUAGAUACAUGAUAAACAAGUGUUUGAUGGGACAGGAAGGAUAAGUUUAUCCUGUAUCUAAAUCCAUUCCAUUCCAAAGUGAUAAUGUUUACAUUAGUGCAUUUUAAACUUUGAAUAUGAAAUAAAUUUUAUAUUAUUCUUA